AAACAUCUUUUAAUUUUCGUAAUAUUUUAAUUGUUAAUUGUUUACUAAAGCAGUUAAAAUAUAAAUCUAAGCAUGAUGUGCAGUGGUGUGCAGUAUUUUUGUUCAAAACGUAAGUAUUGUAACCGUUAUCCCGUUAAUUUGGUUGUCAGUAGUGGCUUGUCGAUCGUUAACCCUAAAGCCAUCUUUUUAAAAGUCGCGGCCUUUAAAUUCUUUGUAGUAUUGUAUAGACGGGCACUUCACAUAAUAAAUACUUACAUACCAUAGCUGUUUGAAUUAAUGGAACUGUUUACAUUGCCCGCUUUCCUGUAUUAUUGUUUGUCUAUAAUAUUGUUUUAUUCUCUGAGCUCUUGGUGCAUUAGGUAAUUUUCAUGUUGUUUUUGUUACUAAUUUUUGUUGUUUGUUUGGAUCCGUUUUGACGUCAAAUAUACUACAUAGAACCACUCUACUUUUAAGAUUGUUGGUUUUUUUAGAGUGAUGUUACAUUUUCGCGUUUUGUAGUAAGUUAUAUAAAUAUGGAAAAUAUUUGUUAUGAUUUUAUAAGGUGGUCAGAUACAUUAUUGCAGACGAAAACGCUAAUUUCAAUGAAUGCUAUAAACAGACCCAUAAAAUUAUACAUUAUAAAUCCUGGCCUGUUCAUGUGUCAGUAAUGUUGAACCAUUUAGAUAAAUAUAAUACUUUUAUCUUUCUUGUUUUUAUCUUGAUAAGCUUAAGUAGGAAGACUAUAUGAAAUGAUAGUUUUACAAUUGUGUUGUAUCCUGAUACUUAAUAUUUUCAAGCUUUUCAUCAGGGAGCCUGUCCAAUUUGACCCUACCUUUAAUGGCCCUUUACGGAAUCGGAGCUGCACAGAUAUCAUCUGCUGUGUCCUCUUCAUGGCUUUCAUUAUCGGGUACAUAGUCGUGGGGAUUCUGGCCUGGGUCUAUGGAGAUCCCCGACAAGUCCUCUACCCUCGAAAUUCUACUGGAAUGUUCUGUGGGAUUGGACUGAACAUGGACAAGCCGAGCGUCUUCUACUUUGACCUGCUGAAGUGCGCUACGGCUACCAACAUCAUGGCGGCCGCACUCAACGGGUUACAGUGUCCCACCACGCAGGUGUGCGUCCAGCAGUGUCCCAGUCGGUUCUGGCUGCUGUCACCGCGGGCUUAUGCCCCAGGAGCCAAACCCAAAGACCACUUUGAACAACAGUACUGUGUCCCCUCUAUCAACCUGACCAGUACCACGCUGUCUGUCCAAGACAUCAUCAAUCGGGAGCUUUGCCCGGUCUUCUAUACGCCAACCACCUCUGCGCUGGGGAGAUGUUUGCCCAGUGUCGGUUCGUUGGACAACAUCCCCUCCAACUUCACGCUGCCUGGGAUGAGCUCAGCGAACGACACGGCUAAUGCUAUCAAAAAUGCCACAAGUCAAGGAACACUAACUACCGACGUGGUGAAUGGAUUCAAUGCCAAGGACAUCGGAGUUCGAAUCUUCGAAGAUUUCGCCUCGUCGUGGUAUUGGAUUCUUAUCGGCCUUCUGAUAGCCAUGCUGCUAAGUCUGCUCUUCCUCCUGCUGCUGAGAUUCACGGCACCAGUGCUUGUCUGGGUCCUCAUAGUGGGAGUCCUGGCAGCAGAUGCGUACGGAAUUUGGCAUUGCUACUGGGAGUAUAACAACUACAAAAACUCCAACACGACCAUCAACACUAUCGGCUUCACCACCAACUUCUCCGCUUACCUGCAAGUCAAAGAGACGUGGCUUGCAUUCAUGAUCAUCCUCUGUGUGGUGGAGGCCAUCCUGCUUCUGAUCCUCCUUUUCCUGCGAAAAAGGAUCCUAAUCGCUAUCGCCCUCAUCCAGGAGGCUAGCAAGGCGGUGGGUCACAUGAUGUCCACGCUGGUCUACCCGCUCGUCACCUUUGCGUUGCUGCUUAUCUGCGUCGCCUACUGGGGAAUCACUGCUCUAUACCUGGCCACGUCUGGGCCCCCCAUCUACAACGUAGUGGCCCUCAAUGCCUCCGCUCCUGGCUGUGGGUCCAUCAGAGGCAACCAGACCUGUGACCCUCUGUCCUUCAACUCGUCGCUCUACUCGCCCUGCUCCUCCGCCCAGUGUAUCUUCAUCAAAUACAACAACGAGGGUCUUUUCCAGAGAAACAUGUUCAACCUGCAGAUCUACAACGUGCUGGGGCUGCUCUGGUGCGUCAACUUCGUCAUCGCCCUGGGCCAGUGCUCGCUGGCGGGGGCCUUCGCCUCCUACUACUGGGCGUUCAGCAAGCCGGCCGACAUCCCCGCCUUCCCACUUUGCCAGGCUUUCUUCCGGACCCUGCAGUACCAUGUGGGCUCUCUGGCCUUCGGCGCCCUGAUCCUGACGCUGGUCCAGUUUAUCCGGGUAGUUCUGGAGUACAUUGACCACAAGUUCAGAGAGGUCCAAAACCCCUGUGCACGCUUCAUAAUGUGCUGCCUGAAGUGCUGCUUCUGGUGCCUGGAGAAGUUCAUCAAGUUCCUUAACAGGAAUGCCUACAUCAUGAUUGCCAUAUAUGGGAAAAACUUCUGCGUUUCAGCCAAAAACGCUUUCAAGCUUUUGAUGAGGAACAUAGUGAGGGUGGUGGUCCUGGACAAAGUGACAGACAUCCUCUUGUUCUUCGGGAAGCUCUUAGUGGUUGGGGGAGUCGGUGUCCUGGCAUUAUUCUUUUUCUCUGGCCGCAUACAGCUGCCUGGUAACACAUUCCAGGCUGGAGUGCUCAACUACUAUUGGGUGCCCAUUAUUACGGUGGCAGUUGGGGCGUACCUCAUCGCUCACGGAUUCUUCAGCGUCUACAGCAUGUGUGUGGACACGCUGUUCCUCUGCUUCCUGGAAGACCUAGAGCGAAAUGAUGGAUCGGCUCAGAAGCCAUACUACAUGUCUAAGAAUCUGAUGAAGAUCCUCGGCAAGAAGAACCAAGUGAAGAAAUGAUGACAGACCUUUGCUUUUAUCAUAACUCUUGUUUUAGUCGCAUUCCAGAGGCUGGUGUCUGCCUUUUACUUUUUUACCCUCCUGUUACCGUUCCCAUCUCCCGCCUCUGCAAGGUCAUGUUUACACAACACAAAUGCGUGUUUGCACUUUAACCAGCUUUAAUGGUUUGAUCGCCAUGUUUCAUGGGUUGGGACGCGCGUGUGUUAGGAUCGUGUCCCUGGUUGUCAUGUGAAGACACCCACAUACCAAGGCCUCGCUUCCGUGUCGUGUUGAAUCAUCCACAAGGCCACAAAAAUGAUUGUAAUAGUCAUUUAUCACAUCAGGUAACUUUUACAUUUUUUAAAAAAAUUCUUAAUAGUUUUCAGUUUUGUCAAAGAGUUAACCUGAGAACCUUAAAACUACUCAGAAUCAUUUCAAAUGUAUUUUGACAAUUUUACAUGCCAUCUGUGAAAUCUUUUUAAAAAUGUACAAUCAAAACUAUGACUGGUGAUGGAGACCUUUGGUAUAAAUAUUAUUUAUUAAAUUAAAAGUAGUUCAAUACAA